AUGGCACGGGGUGGGAAACAACGCAUUACUCGUAGCCAUGAUGAGUACUUGUCUGAGGACCAUAUUGGAGAGAAAAGUCCCCAAACAAAUGCUGCAUCAUCUGAACAAAACAUAAGUAAUAAAGAAGACCAUUUAGAUAGCAGAAGCGAUAAUGAGUCCCAAGACAUAACUAUGUCAAAUAACAUAAAUGGAGAGGACCAACUUGAUGGCGCUGAUGAGGUUAAAGAGGUUAAAAGGCGUGGGAAGACAAAACUUAUUAAUGUUUGGAACAUUCCAAGAGGCCAUAGGGUUGUAGUUAACUGUAAUGAGCUGAAUCAGCCUAUCGGAGAAGAGGCAGGAGUCCUUGCAAAAUUCCUUGGCAUGGUUGCUAGGAAUGGCUCCUUGUGUAGCUUAAGCUUCAAGGAUUGGAGACUACUUAUAGGAAAGAAAGAUAGGAACCAUAAACAAAUCAAUAAGGAGGCCAUUCUUAAUCAAGUAAAGAAGAGAUUUCUUUACCCUGCCCGCAUGGAAACAUGGGUGCUGCGAACAAUUGGAGAGAGAUGGAGGCAACACAAGUCCAAUUUGAAAUCCAUUUAUUUUGACCCACAUAAGAGUCAGGAUGCUAAUAAUAGUAAUGCUCCUGAUGGUGUAUUAGCUGAUCAGUGGGUUGCGCUUGUCAAUAAUUGGAUGACCCCUAAAGCACAGGAUUUAAGUGAGGCCAAUAGGAUAAAUUGUACAAGAAGAAAGUCAAUGCAUACAUCUGGAACAAAAAGCUUUGCUCGGAAUAGAGAAGAAUUGGGCUAUCCAGAUGCUCCUUUAUCGCCACCAACAGAUGUUCGUCCUGCUAUGAAACGACAAGGCUAUCUAGAUGCUCCUUUAUCGCCACCAACAGAUGUUCGUCCUGCUAUGAAACGACAACGAAUUUAUUGUCAACUUCGUAGUGAAGAUUCUAGUAUGUUUGGUGAACGGAAUAACACAAUGGAGGAUGAAAACGAAGAUGAUGAGUACGAGGAACAGCACUCACACUACAAAUGUUCUAAAAUUCAGGAUAAGAGCAAGCCACCACAGUCACGACGUGAAGCACUCCAUGCUAGUAGAGUUUCUGCAUCAAUAAAGGUUUCCACAGAUAUUUUCUUAAAGAGCACAAGAUAUCCAAACAGGAAGGUUGCCUUAGGCAGAGUACUUAGCCAGGACCCCAAAACCAAAGUUGGAGAUGUUGCUUUAGGCAAAGAAUUUUGGAUGGUGCGUGUUAGUCUGGUAUCUGUGCGCGAUGAACCACUAAUAAGGCCAUAUAACAACUUCAAGGUUCUUGGACAAGUAGGCAAUAAUCCAAUUGCAUGGCCUUCAAGUUGUAUUGAAAAGGUUAACUGAUAACAUGGGAUGAAUAAUAGCGCCGGGAUUGCUAAGGUAUUUAAUUGGCCCC